AUGGAGACGGACAUAACAGCCGUUGCUCUUGAUGCCAUUAACAAGGAGAUUGUUGAUCUGGAAAACAUCCCAGUUGAAGAGGUUUUCGAAAAGCUGAAAUGCACAAAAGAAGGUUUAACCUCUGAUGAAGUGCAGAGGAGGUUUGAGCUUUUUGGUUACAAUAAACUUGAAGAGAAAAAAGAAAAUAAAAUACUCAAAUUCUUGGGAUUUAUGUGGAACCCUCUAUCAUGGGUUAUGGAAGCAGCCGCUCUUAUGGCCAUCGGUCUUGCACAUGGAGGAGGAAAGUCUACAGAUUACCAUGAUUUGCUUGGUAUUCUAGGACUGCUUGUUAUCAACUCGACAAUCAGUUUUAUUGAGGAAAACAAUGCUGGAAAUGCUGCUGCUGCACUUAUGGCUCGAUUGGCCCCGAAAGCAAAGAUUUUACGUGAUGGGAAAUGGAGCGAAGAAGAUGCGUCGGUGUUGGUUCCUGGAGAUAUUAUCAGCAUCAAACUUGGUGAUAUUAUUCCUGCCGAUGCUCGUUUACUCCAGGGAGAUCCUCUGAAAAUCGAUCAGUCUGCUCUUACAGGAGAGUCACUCCCGGUGACCAAAAAUCCCGGUGACGGAGUUUACUCGGGUUCAACAUGCAAACAAGGUGAAAUCGAAGCAGUGGUUAUUGCAACUGGUGUGCAUACUUUCUUUGGGAAGGCAGCUCAUCUUGUGGAAAACACAACACAUGUUGGGCAUUUUCAAAAGGUCUUAACUUCAAUCGGUAACUUCUGCAUAUGCUCCAUUGCCGUUGGGAUGCUAAUUGAACUCAUUGUUAUAUACGGAGCUCAACGUAGGGCUUAUCGAACUGGUAUCGAUAACUUGCUGGUUAUACUUAUCGGUGGUAUCCCAAUUGCUAUGCCGACCGUGCUUUCUGUUACUAUGGCGAUCGGCUCUCAUCGCUUAUCACAGCAGGGUGCCAUAACAAAGAGAAUGACAGCCAUUGAGGAAAUGGCAGGGAUGGAUGUGCUUUGCAGUGAUAAAACAGGCACAUUGACACUUAACAAACUUACAGUGGACAAAAGUUUGAUAGAGGUUUUUGUCAACAACGUUGAUAAGGAUAUGGUUGUUUUGAUGGCGGCAAGAGCUUCGAGAUUGGAGAAUCAAGAUGCUAUAGAUACAGCAAUUGUUGCAAUGUUGGCUGAUCCUAAAGAGGCACGAGCCGGAAUCACAGAGGUUCACUUCCUUCCCUUUAAUCCAACCGACAAGAGAACAGCCCUUACAUACAUAGAUGGAGCUGGUAAGAUGCAUAGAGUAAGCAAAGGUGCACCAGAGCAGAUACUCAAUCUGGCCUGGAAUAAAUCAGAUAUUGCAAACAAAGUUCACUCCAUAAUUGAUAAAUAUGCUGAACGUGGACUUCGAUCCCUUGGAGUUGCUCGACAAGAAGUUCCUGUUGGUACUAAAGAUAGUCCUGGAGGACCAUGGGAAUUUGUGGGUCUUCUGCCUCUUUUUGAUCCGCCCCGCCAUGACAGUGCCGAGACCAUUCGAAGAGCCCUGGAUCUCGGUGUCAGUGUUAAGAUGAUAACAGGUGACCAACUUGCAAUCGGUAAGGAGACAGGAAGAAGGCUUGGAAUGGGCACAAACAUGUAUCCUUCAUCAUCUCUGCUUGGUGACCAUAAGAAAGAAGAACUCGGAGCUUUUUCAAUUGAUGAACUUAUUGAGAAUGCUGAUGGAUUUGCUGGAGUUUUUCCUGAGCAUAAGUACGAGAUUGUGAAAAGAUUACAAGCUAAGAAGCACAUAGUUGGAAUGACGGGAGACGGUGUCAACGAUGCCCCUGCAUUGAAGAUAGCAGACAUAGGGAUUGCUGUUGCAGAUUCAACCGAUGCCGCUCGAAGUGCGUCGGAUAUUGUUUUGACAGAACCUGGUCUGAGUGUGAUCAUUAGUGCUGUUUUAACAAGCCGUGCAAUCUUUCAAAGAAUGAAGAACUACACGAUAUAUGCAGUAUCUAUCACAAUACGUAUAGUGUUGGGGUUCAUGCUGCUCACUACAAUCUGGAGGUUGAAUUUCCCUCCUUUCAUGGUCCUAAUCAUUGCCAUUCUUAACGACGGUACCAUCAUGACGAUAUCGAAAGACAGGGUCAAGCCAUCACCAUCUCCUGACUCAUGGAAGCUCAAAGAAAUCUUUGCCACCGGCAUUGUCUUAGGCAGCUACCUGGCCUUAAUGACUGUCAUAUUCUUUUGGGCAGCCUAUGAAACCGAUUUCUUUCCAGAUAAAUUCGGUGUAAGAAGCUUGUGCAAAAAGAACUUUGAUCUUACACAAAAGAGUGAAAGAUUGAGGUUGAAUGAUCUGUUAUCAUCUGCAGUCUACCUCCAAGUUAGCACCAUCAGCCAGGCUCUCAUAUUCGUGACUCGUUCACAAGGAUGGUCAUUCACCGAACGACCCGGUCUUCUUCUCGUCACUGCUUUCAUCAUUGCUCAACUCGUAGCAACUGUUAUUUCAGCUGAAGCAACAUGGAAACUAGCUGGAAUCAGAGCUAUUGGGUGGGGAUGGUGUGGUGUUAUUUGGAUUUUCAACAUUUUAACUUAUUUACUGCUCGAUCCUAUCAAGUUUGGCGUACGAUAUGCACUCAGUGGAAGAGCCUGGGAUCUUGUGCUUAACCAAAGAACCGCAUUCAAUACGCAAAAUGACUUCGGUAAAGAGGCUCGUGAGGCUAAAUGGGCUGCUGAACAGAGAACACGUCAUGGCCUACAGACUACCUCGGACGCUAAAAUUUUCUCCGAUAAGCACACGUUUAGGGAGAUCAAUGUCAUGGCAGAAGAAGCAAGAAGGCGUGCAGAGAUUGCCAGACUGAGGGAAAUUCAUACACUGAAAGGCAAAGUGGAGUCGUUUGCCAAGUUGAGGGGGUUGGAUAUCGACGUGAACCCACAUUACACUGUGUGAUAUGGGAAAAGGGUAGUCUUCUUCAAAGUCUAGACGCCACCUCCAAUUCCGUUUGCUCAGUUUCUUU